AUGUCGACCUCCUCGCUGCGCCGCCAGAUGAAGAACAUCGUGCACAACUACUCUGAGGCGGAGAUCAAGGUGCGGGAGGCCACGUCCAACGACCCUUGGGGCCCGUCCAGCUCCCUCAUGUCUGAAAUCGCAGACCUCACUUAUAACGUGGUGGCCUUCUCCGAAAUCAUGAGCAUGAUCUGGAAGCGUCUCAACGACCACGGCAAAAACUGGCGUCACGUCUAUAAGGUAACGAGCUUGGCGGUGGUGGAUUCAGUUUCCCUUGGUCAUGAAAGGCGGCUCUGCCAAAUCGAGGGAGGUUACUUAGCUCAGUUGUAGCAUGUGCCCUUUGCCUGUUUAGGGCCUCAAUUUCAGGCCCAGGUAACUUGGGGUGAAGCAGCGAUAGGCAGUCUUUUCCCAGACAAGGGCAGGGUUUGGGUUUUGGUGACCCGUAGGGGACCACAUGAUUGGGGGGGCGGCGGUUUACUGCCAGAUGGGGCAGCAAGGCCAGAUCAGAAAGGCACAGAGACGGUAUCUCAGCUGCAGGGAAACUGCCAUGAGUACCACUUUGCAAUUGCUUUUCCAUUGCAUAAGGAAAUAUAAAACCUUGAGCUCCCCCAGCGCCUUGCCUGUGCUUGCUUCUCCUUGGUGUGAGCUUUCUUAUAUCUGGUGAAACUGAUGACGUUGCUACUUUCCAAUGGUUCUCCAAAUUCAAGCCUCAUGGUUGCAGAGUGACAAGUGAAAGUAUUGAAGAGAAGUGCUGAAGGAUCUUGGCUGGCACAAGGCUGAGAAAGUGGUCCCUCCAGGGACCUUGGACUGGAGUCUCUGCCAAUUGGGGAGUUAACUGUUCUGGCCUUAUUGGAACAUUUGUUCUGAUUUGGUAUCAGACAAAUGUUAGAUCUCGUUUUUAGAAGCCCCUCUGGCUAGUGCUUUGGGCCUCUUCCACCACUCUACUUCUGUGAAGAAUUACGCACAAUCUUUUCUCCCUCUCUCGUAAUACUUGAAUGACCUUCCUCAUCCUGGCACCUUCUGUAUGUUUGUUGGCAUUCAGCCAGCAGUGCCAGGGAUCAGGUGUGCUGGAAGCUGGAAUCCCGUUUUUCUCCUUCUUCUUCCAGGCCAUGACGCUGAUGGAAUACCUGAUCAAGACGGGCUCAGAGCGGGUGGCGCAGCAAUGCAAGGAGAACAUCUACGCCAUCCAGACGCUAAAAGACUUCCAGUACGUUGACCGUGAUGGCAAGGAUCAGGGAGUCAAUGUGCGGGAGAAGGCCAAGCAGCUAGUGGCCCUCCUCAAAGACGACGAGCGUCUCAAGGAGGAGCGGGCCCAUGCCCUCAAAACCAAGGAGAAGCUGGCCCAGACUGCGACCGGUGAGUGCUCAUUCCCAGCCGGGUGGCCUCAGUCAGGCUGGCAAGCGUUGCCUAAACUGUUUAGAUGGGUUGUGGAGCCUGUAUGGUGUGGCUGUUAAGAGCAGCCAUUGCCAACCUGCUGCCUCCAGAUGUUUGAGACUUCAGACUCCAGCCAGCUUGCCCAGGUGGCUGAUGGGAGUUGUAGUCCAAAACAUCUGGAGGGCACCACGUUGGCUGGGAUGGAGUAUAAGCAGGUUCAGAUCACUACAUAGCUGUGAAAUUAACUGUGCAACUUCAGGACAGUAGCUGUUUCUCUGAGCUCAGGAAUGGCCAGUGUGGUGCCCUCCAGACGCUGAUGGACGACAUCUCCCAUCAUUCCUAACCCUUAGCCAUGCUGGCUGGGGCUGAUGGGAUUUGGAGUUAGACAACAUCUGGAGGGCAACACAUCUGCUAACACAGCCUAAGUUAUUGUGCAGGGUUGCUGUGUGAAUAAUACAGUUAGGAUACACUCAACUCCCCCGUGCACAACCAAACUGCAAGGUACACUACAUAAAACCCAACUCAAGGGGGAUGGGAUAAACGUUUUUAUAUAGAAAUAAUUUUUCAAAUGUCGUUUGUAGCGAGCACAAGCAGUUAGAAGGGGAGGUGUGAGCUCUCCCUUGACCCCCUCCCAAUUGAGUUAAGAGUGGAUUGUUUGGGUUCUAAGGCAGGGGUAGGCAGCAGGUGAAUUGGAACCUGUUGAUAUAUCAUCACUGAAUUGAGGUAGAUAAAGAUUUCUGAUUCCCAAUCGUUUAACAGUGGCAACAAUAAAACGAUCCCCUUCCAAAUUAUACCACUGGCAUGAAGAAUGCUUGGGGGCAGUGGCUAUAACCAGGAGUGAAUGUUUGUUAGGAAGGAGAAGGAGCUCACUUUUCUUCUGCUUUUCAGAACUAAUCCCAGUGUUCAGCAUGGGUUUAAUGCCCAAUGUCCACCUUUUGCACUAGGCUCCAGUUAGUGGAUCUUGGGGGUUCUAGUAAAAAACAACCCCAAGCACUCAAAGUAGAUUCUUCAGGCUUGAAAGGCCUGUUCCAAGGUGGUCUCCUAUAGCAGGAAUGGCUAUAGGCAGCCCAUGGGCCAGAUCCACCUGCAAAACAAACUGAGGUGAGGAGUGUUAAACAAGGUGCAGUUAGGCAAAAGUGUGCAUCAUUCUGUUUGUAAGGAAAAGCAGCAACGGAAUGUGUGGGUUUGUGCUUGCGCUGUUCUCUUGCCACCACCUGCUAAGGCUGGGAAGACCAAAGGUCCACUGCUAGUUAGCACCUUGAGGUGAGUCCUUGAGGAAGGUACUGAUAUGCCUCUGAAUACCAGUUGCAGGAAACUGCAGGCAGGGAGAGUUGCCGUUAUGCUCAGUUCCUGCUUGCAUGCUUCCCACAGGCAUCUGAAUUGGCCACUGUGAGAACAGGAUGCUGGACUAGAUGGGCCAUUUGUCUGAUCCAGCAGAGCAUUUCUUAUGUUCUAAUGAAGAAUGAUAGUUCCCCAGGCCUUCUACCUCUGUACUGAAAUAACUUCUCACCUUCUGUGUAGGUCAGGCACCCCCAAACUCGGCCCUCCAGAUAUUUUGGGACUACAACUCCCAUCAUCCCUAGCUAAAAGGACCAGUGGUCAGGGAUGAUGGGAACUGUAGUCCCCAAACAUCUGGAGGGCCGAGUUUGGGGAUGUCUGGUGUUGGUGCUUUCUGUAGCUGGAAAACUCUUUAGUGCUAGGUCAUACCAGACCAGGACAUCAUCUGAGCCAUAUGAUGCAGCUGUAAAGCUAAGCAGGUUCAGGCCUGGUCAGUAAUUGUCUGGGAGUUUUAGGCAUGCCACUGGACUUUCCUCAUGGGAGGAAAGUGUGAUGUGGAUAUAAUAUUUUUAUUGCAGAGCUCGACAGUCUGGACAGGAACAGGAAGCUGGAUUCUUCUGGCCACCAGACCACUUAUGGUGGAAAAUAUAGCCUCCCUUAGCAAAAUAGUGGGUUGUUCCCAUGGAGUAGCCUUCUCCAACCUUGUGCUCACAGCUUUGCUGGCUUGGACUGACAGCGGCUGCAGUCCAAAACCGUCUGGAGAGCAGCAGCUUGGGGAAGGAGGCUGAAGAGAUUAGAAGAUGGUGUACAAAAGACCCUUCUGUGAGGAUACUGGAUAGAAGAAAAACCACAUGUUCCUCUCUUGGGUUGUUCCUUGAAGUUGUCCUGGGAAGGUCUUUGGGGCCCGUCCCUAUGUUGUUCCCUGUUGGUUCUUCUCCUGAAAUGUCACCUGCUGAAAUGUCAGAGACAGCCGCUCAUCCCUGAUAAAAUGUGGCUCUGGCUCUGCAAAACCAUGUUCCCCUCCCUCUUGAACUUGGCGGGUCGCCAGGCUCAGAGGCUAAGUUACAGGCCUCUGUGAUCUGUCAGUGCCCCCUUUCCAUUUUGAUAACCCCUAGAUCAAAUUCCAACUCUGUUGUUUGCAAAGUGCCUGGCAGGGCAGAAUGAGAUAAGGAAAUGGGAGUAGCUUUUGCUUCCUAUUCUAAACUGCUCAGCAGAAUUAUGAGGAAUUGGUUAAACAUUAGAGGCAUGUAAUAAGCAAGAGGCAGGGGGAAUUUCUGUCUUCCAGUCUGCUAAAAGGGCUACAGCCCAUACUGAAUGAGCUUAUCAUUUACCCCUUAUCCGUAUUCCCACUUAAAAACACCCCCACCCUCGACGUGCAGAGAGCCAGUCUGCUGCUAUUUAUUCUUCUGGUGAACACCCAAAGUCCAAUGCUUCAAUCACACAGACCACCUGAUCUCAUUCCUAAGCCCAUUGAUUGAAAUACAAUACAAUAAAUUCCUGAAUACAGUCGCUUCUAAAGUGGACUAUAGACUUUAAAACUAUAAAAUCACAACUGCAGAUAAAUAAAAAGCAGCAGCAGCAGUUCCACUCAGCCUACGGCAGUCCUGAACAUUGGCUUCUCACUCUUGGAUGUAUCAGGAUUCCUGCGGUGAUUUUGGGCUGGGAUAGCACAGGAUGACCUGGAACAAGGCAGGUUAUCCUGAUGAGAAAAGCAGAGAGUGGGCAGAGCCUAACUAGAAGAGAUAGUAGAGAGCACUUUUUAUUUAAAAAUAGCUCCCACCACCACUUCAGUCAGGUAUAUUGGGUGACCCCAAGUUCUAAUUUUGGAGUAGAGAAGAGGCCAUAUCUCAGUGGUCAAGCGUGUGCUUUGUAUACAGAAAGUCUUGGGUUCAACUCCUGGCAUAUCUUACUUAAACGAGUUGUAUAUCAGGUGCUGAGAGGGACCUCGUUCUGCCUGAGAUGCUCGGGAGCUACUGCCAGUCAGAGUAGAAUAGGUAUGGGGGAACUUUUGGCCCUCCAGCUGUGGCUAAAUGAUAAAUCCCAACAGCCCCAGCAAGCCUGGCCAAUGGCCAAGCCUGAUGGGAGUCAGCGUUCAGCCAUGGGUUCCCAACACCUGAAGUAGACAAUACUGUGGGCUAGAUGGACAAAUAGCCUGAUCUGUUCUAAGGCAGCUUCUUGAUUCCUUGAUCUGGCUUGUUCUGAAUUCUGCUGCUGUUGCAGAUUAGAAGUUCCAUUUUUCUCUUCCUCUUCUUCCCACCCCAGCCUGUCCCUAGUACUGGCAGCAUUGGCAGUUUAGGCCUGAGGCUUCCUCAUUAGCUGGCCUCUCUUCGGAGGACAAAGUGUGUGGACUGAAGCUUGGAUGGAGCCAAAAACUGUUUCUCAAAAGGGUAGUUGCUGGAGCCUUCCACGUGGCUUGGAAGACAUUAAGAAACAACUGCAAAUUAAUUGAGCUCUUUGCCUUUCAGUUAUCCUAACUCUUGAUUCAGAACCUGCUUUCAUGCUGGGUGUGUCAUAUCAGUUGAGCUUUAAGCCCAGCCCUACAAGAAGUGUUCUCCUUUGGUCUUGCGGAGAACUAACUCUUUAGCCUACCAUCUCUUUCUUUGGGCUCAUAUAAUAAAGCCACAGUGAUCCCCCCCUUAAGUUGUUAAUUGGAAUAGCCAGACAGGUUCCAGAAGGGCACAUAAGCACUCUGGAUAGUUCCAGGUUGAGGGAAUCCCUAAAAGUCCACACCUCGACAGCCCAACUUCUGCUCUUUUAUCACCCUUUACCGUUUCCCAAAUUAACACAUUGUUUCCCAUCUCUUUAUAUACUAUUCUUCCCCCCUCAAUUGCACCCUCAUCCACAGUCUGCCGUUUUGAUGGGCCCAACAUAGAUGAUGAAUAUUCUGUGGUUGCUAGGCAACUGCAGGGCCGGUAUGAGUCUGCUUAGAGGCCUAGGAAGCCACAUAUUUGGUGUUUACUAAGCCCUUCCCCAGGCCCACAAAACUCCUCAGUGUGGCUCCAGAAAGCCAGUAAGUGGCAGCUCAGUCAAGUUUGGGAAUAAGUAUCUCAUUUCUCCACUGAACAGAUGGGACUUGUUCCCGAGCAAGGCUAAAAUAUGCCAAUGACUCCCCUUAGUUCAUCGGAGAUAAUUACAUUUUUGCUCCUUUCCAUUCCAAUCCACCUCUUUCUUUCUUUCUUUCUUUCUUUCUUUCUUUCUUUCUUUCUUGUCAAGGAUGAGAUUUGGGAGAGACCAAGCUCUCCAAAUAUGCCCUGUACAUUUUGACAGAUUUGCGUUAUCUGAAGAGCACGCAAGCGUCGGUUACACAAAACCUUUUCCCGGUGGGCAAAAUAACUUUCCCAUUAGCUGACACAGAGCUCAAAAGCUUGCAGCCUCCCGUUUGUGAGAGGAAUUUGGUCUAGUGCUGUCGUAUGUAUUUCGGCCGGGCUUGUGUGUGUGUGUGUGAGAGAGAGAGAGAGAGAGAGAGACUCAACAGUUCCCUGCCGGGUUUCCCUCUGACAGGGAAAACAUGCCCACAGAGAAAGAUUAGUGAAUCAUCUGGCAGGCAAGUUCCUCUUUUGAGGGUAGAUCCAUGUACCAGGCUGGCAGAACUUGUUCCCUUGAGGAGAAAGUGGUGGUGGCGAUAAUGAAGGAAAACUGUAAUGACCUUGACUAUAGCAGGGAAAGCCACUGCUCUCCCUUUCCUCCCUCGGCCACCUCCGUCUCAGCCAUGGCCGGAAUCCCACCUCCAUGACACUGCUUUGUGCGGUCGCCUGCAUCCCUGCGCUAAUGAGGGAUGGCAGUUGGUGCCAGGCUGUCUAGGGGGUGGGGUAGACUUCUAUUCAGGUCAUGGCACAGCGACUGGGCCAUUCUCCUCUCUCUGCUCUGUCACCACCCCCAGCCAUCUCUGCCAAGGUUCGGCCAGAGACUGGGGCUGGAUCUUCCACGGUGUGACGGCUGUUCCAUCCAUGUUCUAUUAGCUGAACCAGGGUCCUUAUUUCCCCACCCCUCUCCUGCGCAUGCUAAUUGCUGACAUGUAUCAAAUGUGAACCUCAUGCUGCAGUCAGGUGUGCCUCCUACCAGUGGUUAGGGGAAAUGUCCACCUGCUUCCCCACAAUUUCUGCAAAUUUCUAAAACUGAUCGCAGUUUAUCCCGUUGGCUCAGAGCAGAUGAUAAAGUUAAAAAGGAUUGCUUUUUUAUUAUUACACUCUGCAUGGUGUUUGACAAAGUUGCAAGGGACAGCUCCCAGCCUGGAAAAACUGGAAAAAUAAAAUAUGUUCAUACUCUAAGUAGGCCAAAGUUAGUGCUAGCUGCUCAGGAAUCCACUGAGCUCACAGAACCAUCAGAGCCCAGAAUACAAGGGGCCUGGAGAGAUUGUGGGGCAGAGAAACAUAACCUGCCGCCAGUUAACUGCACACCCACUUUUUCUGUAGUGGGUCACUUUUUGCCGUGGAGAAUUAGUAAAAUUUCAGGCCCCUGAGCAGCUAAGGAUUUUGUAUAGGAUUUCAGUCCGUCCUAUGAUGUGGCAGCUUCCUGGGAUUUGGAAAUGCUUCAGCCGUGACUUCAAGGCUUCCCUGGUGUUAGAGCUGAACAGUGUGGAAACCCUUCUCGCUGUUUUAAUUGGGUGCCCUUCUCCAAGCUAUGGCUUGUCCAUUUGUACAUUCUCUGGCUGAGCAGAGAUUGGCAGCUGGGUCUAGUCAAGUCCUAGUCCACUGCUGUGUAGGGGAGGGCAAACUUGUGGGAUUCAUUGUGUGCUUUGCAGCUGGAGCCAAAUUCAGAGUGGUGGGUUGGGAGGGGAUGGAGUCAGUUACCCACUAAACCCCAUACUGGGGUAACCUGUGUGUGUUACAAAUACAGAUCUACACCUCAGUUACCAUAGAGCAGGAACACAAAAGUUUAACACUGAUUUGCAGAAAAGCAUAGUCUUGAUAGUCCUGUUUUACACUGAGGCUGAAAGAGAAGCAUUUAGCACAAGGGCAGCCAUGGGAAAAGGUAUUCAGUUGUGUGUGUUUUUUAUAUUGCUAUUGUUUAACUCUUGAAAGUCUGAACCCAUGCUGAUCUACUGCAAAUAACCCAGAGAUCUAUAAGGUAGAUUCCAGUUUGCCUGUCCUUCUGCUGUUUUUAUUUUUUUACAGGUAUUAACAAAAAUUAUAUACUGCUUUAUUGUAAAUAAAACCUCUGAAAACCACUACACCAUGGUUUGCUUUUUGCUCUCUCUAGUGAUGCUACCUCCCCAUAGCACUCUCCUGCCUGCUGUGUCCAGCUUGGACACCUUGUCCACCUUGGUGGUAUUAACCCUUUCCUUUCCCACCCGCUUUCUUGUUUCUCAGCUUCUUCAGCUUCCUCAUCUUUGGCAAAUGCCCCAGUGGAAGCGGAGCAGGCUUGGCCCCAGAGCAGCGGGGAAGAGGAGCUGCAGUUACAGCUGGCGCUGGCCAUGAGCAAAGAGGAAGCGGAGCAGGUAAGCGCCAAGGUAAAUCUGUCACUGGCGACUCUUUGGAUGGGCAGGGAGGGAAGGGAUGUUGGGGGUUGUGGACGUUUGGAGAGAGAUGUGGGUACGCCCUGCUCCCCCAGAUGAGGGGAUCUACUGUUGUGUUCUCAAGGCUUCUCCUGCAGGCAAAUAAUAAAAGCUGACUAGGAAAGCAGAGCUACAAGCUCUUUUAAUUUGGCACUUUCCUAGAGGAAAAGCCUUUCCCUCAGAUCCAGCUGGUUCUGGCUCAGAAGCGGGCAGUCCAUGGAGGUGCUGGCCUGCUAAUCUGCUUCCUGAGCAUGUCCCUUGUAUUCAGAAAUUGAGUCUUAUUCAGCUCCCCCCUCCCACCAUGAUUACCAAUGGGAAUAACAGGGGCAAGCCUGUUGACCUCUCUCACACUUACCCAUUGAUAUUUCUGCAGCCCCCCUCACCGCCCUGCAAUUUGGGGAACAAACAUGGUAAUCAUGUUGAAGGGAGGGAAGAGCCAAUCUGUGGUGCUCGUGAGAGGAAAGGAAGUGGAUCAUCUCAGGUUUUUAUCCCCCCCCCCCUUGACACACUUAGUGGUGAUACCAACUAUAUUUGCACAGGAUAAUGAUAAGGAAGCGGGAGGUGGAUUUGACCUCCACACCAGAUAGCAUGAUCCCAAAGGCUCCCCUCCACACUAUUCUGCACCUUGUAUGCUUUCUCCCAAGCUGAGACAGAAGCAAAGGAUUCUUUCGCCGCCUCUUUCUCAGCCUCAGUGGCAACUGAGGCCAACUGGAGGCCCUUCAGAUAUUCCCAUUGUUCCUGAUUACUGACCUUACUGGGAGGAGCUUGUAAGACAGUCCAGAAAGCCAGAGGCCUAGGAGCCUGAAUGUUCCCCAGUCCAUCUACCAAGAUCACCUUUGGAGAUCCUCUCCUGGGGUCUGCCAUGAUUUAAAGUGAGACGGGGCCUUUUCAGGGAUGGCCUCAUUUAUAGACAGUGUUGACACCAGGGGUGCUUACCUACCAAGUGCCUCAUAGUAGUGCUUUUAUUGGCCAUUAAAAAGGAAGCCUCAUUGUUUUGUUAUCUAUUCUGCUUGGUAUUGAUGUUUGUCUUUUCUAUGUAUACUGGCCUGAAAAUAUUUUUAUUGAGCAGCAGCCUUAAAAAAAAAUCUUCAGAUAAAAUGAUGCACUCAGUGAGAGGGCUAAAGAAGAUUUUGCUUUUGCCUUGGCUUAUGAGAGAGUGAACAAAGUCCAAAAGGAGGAUCCUGGUAACUUAAAACACACACGUUGCAAGAUUCACCAUGGCUUACCACCCUGCACCAAAAAAGGUUCACUAAUUAGAAAGCACCAGGGAGAUUUGGAGCACCAUGUAAAAUGUAUAGAAUUCAUAGAAAUACAUCCCAUUAGUCCUGGGGCAAAGAUCCAUUUCAGCCCAGCAGGCCCAGACCCUCCUGACCAGCCACCCCAAUAGUUAAAAGAUGGUUACUUUUGUAGUAGUUGCAUAAAUUGGUUUUACCAAAUCAGAUUGCUGAAACUGUGCAAUCCCCCCCCCCAAUCAAAUACUUAACAUUUUGGCCCAGAAGGGCAUGAAGUUCAUGCCUCCUCCGUAAAUGAAUAUUUUUUGGUGGAGUUGUAAAUUGGUGGGCAGAGCUGAUUCAGCUAUUGGCCAAUGUCAGCCCUUCUGGACCUUCCAGCUCUUGCUCAAUUUAAAAAAUAUGCCCCCUGUUCGUUUGGUUUUUUUUAAAAAAAAACAAUAACUGCUGACCAGGAAGGUGGGGGAAGGGAGGACAUGAGAUUUAUGCUGACUCAAUGAACAGAUUGACUUGUCCAGCUUUGUUUCUAGUGUGUGACCCCCUCUGGGCAGACGCUGCUAGCAGAGCCUUGUGGGCGGCUGAGCUUUUCCGUAAGCAUUUUGGUAAUGAAGUCAGUCCCCGUUGGGGGAACGGAACCCUAGAGUUGCUGGCCACACGCUCCACUGGCCCACGUUGGGAGCAGAGGCUGAUGGGUAGCGGGCCGGUCUGCUAGCUGCCAUCUUGCGCCGCAGUGCAUUCUGGGUAGAAAUGUUAAAAGGUUUCAGGGUAGCUGUGGGUCUGUUUAUUCAUUUGUUUGUUUUCCUCAGUACUACUUGUGGUUUGAGAGGAAUGGGGGGAAGAGACAAAAGCGAGGCACAGAUGUGUUUGAACCGACGUUCCCCGGCAGGAAAUGGCUUUUUGAUUGAGAUUUUUCAUCCAGAUUUUCGCACAGAGCCCCCCUGCGGUGACGAGCUCUCCCUCCUGGCUGGGGGAGAUCGGGAAUGCUUCCGUUCUCUGUCGCACAGGGUCCACACGAAUUGAUCCUGCCCCCUCAAAGACACCAGGUUUUGCCUACCUUUUUUCUGUUGUAUGUUAACCUCUCCCGCAGCACCAGACUCCUUAGCAGCGCUGCCCCCCCCCCCCAACCACCCAGGAUCGUGUGGGCUGCUACCUUGUUCAGGUUUGCCUGCCAGUCUUUCUCAGCGGAACAACACAAAUUGCUCUUGAGCCAUCAGUCUUGGCGCUUGAGGUUUUCUUUAGCCCCACACUCUAUCCAGUAUAAUAAUUAUAAUUAAUGCUACUUGGGCCUGCUCUUCCUUUGAGUGAGAGGAUGGAGGAGGGAGCUGUCUCCCAUCCAGACACCCACCAGUUCCCUGCCCACAGAACUUCUGUGAUUCUGGCAGCCCUUUGUCCCAACCUGUCGCCCUCCAGGGGCUGAUGGGAACUGUAGUCCAGAGCCUCUGGAGGGGGGCCACUAGGUUGGACAUAAGGCAUGCAGCUCCCAUUGGCUGUGCCCAGACCUGCCACUCAACACACGCCACGGCCAAUCAGACCCUAAGUCCUGCUUUUUUUUUUGUCGCCUCCUUUCCUUUUCUGUGGCUCCUCCCAAGUGGGGUGAUUGUGUUUGCUACCCCCAUCCCAACCCUUGUCCGUUUAAUUUUGGCUCCUUAUUUUUGCCACCUUACUUCCACUUCCCUCCUCUUCCUCCUCCUCCUUCAUGCCGCAUUUCCUUCCACUUUGCCCUUGUUGUUUUCAAAACAGAAGGCCGAAAGGGAGGGGGGAGAGACAGAAAGACCCACAACAAUUUAACUUUACUAUCCAGGGAACUGAGCUAGAAAUAUUUAUUUAUUUUGAGGGGUGGGGGGAGGUGCCUGUUUCUACACCAGAGAUGUCCAGCCUUGGCACAAACGACUCUUUCUUUCCUCCCCCCCCCCUUUCUGUCUGAAAUAGUUUGGGGAGUCGCAUGUCCUUCAGCAUGAAGGGCUGAAGCUCAGUGGCAGAGCACCUGCUUUGCAUGCAGAAGGUUCCAGGUUCAAUCCCUGGCAUCUCCAGGUAGGACGAGGCAAAACUCCUGCCUGAAGCCCCGGAGAGAUGCUGCCAGUCAGUGUAGAAAAUGCACAGCUAGGUAGACCAGUGGUCUGACUCUGUAGGAGGCAGCUUCCUAUGUGACAGGGGCACUGAACCUGCGACCCUCUAUAUGUGUUGCUGGACUCCAGUUCCCAUCAGCUCCCAGGCAGCAUGGCUGCUGGUCAGGGCUGAUGGGAGCUGUAGUCCAACAUCUGGAGUCACAGGUUAUUCACUUGUAAAUCCAGAAGGAAGUGCCUUUCUUCCUGCCAUAGAGGAUGUCUGCUUCUCUAGAAGGCAGUUUCUCCUAGCAUGCGGGAAGAGCGGGGCUCAACGUCACCUCUGUAUCCUGCUUUUCCAGGGAUCCCCGGUGCCACCUUUACCCUGACAGCACCCCUGUAAGGAAGGCUAAACAGACGGCACCAAGGCUUCUGUGGGAUUUGAACCCAGAUUCUCACGUUGAAGCUUUGCCCUGUAGCUGCUAAACCGUAUUAGCUCUCUGCGAUUUCUACGUCUUGCCGGGGAUUUAUUAAAGUGUGAUUGGGGAGAAAGAUUCUGGGAUUGGCCUCUUUACAAUCUCGUGAAGCUUGCUCCUCCUUGAAUCUCUCCUAGAUCACACCCCUCAAGCAGCUUGCUUUGGUUCACGUGAACGCAGCUUGCGUAGACAACUCGGGGGAAUUGGAGUGUUUAAGGGGCUGUGGUUCAAGGGCUUCCCCAAAUAGCACAAGUGUCCCUGGGAGGGAAGGUAGUUCCCCCAACCACACUGAAGAAUACUUUAGCCGAGCAGAGGGGAAGCACAAUGGAUGGAGAGAGCUGAGAAUCCGGGUGGUAAGGGGACCGCUAAUCGAAUGGGCGUUUGCCGCAGAACGUGGCGAUAUUGGGUUGUGUGCAGUGGAGGUGCCUGCAGUCCGCCCACCUUCUCCUUCCUUCCUUCUGCCCCUCCCUCCCUCCCUCCGCUGUGUCGAGCUCCAUUCCAUGUCUCUUACGUUGUGUUUCUUCCCCCCCAGCCCCCUGCAGUGGCCGACGAGGACCUACAGCUCCAGCUAGCCCUUAGCUUGAGCAAAGAGGAACAUGACAAGGUUAGACGCACACCUCCUGCCCCCCACCCGCAGCAGCUCCUCCUCUCGAAAUAAUCAACUAAACCACUUUCCAGCCCCGGCCCCAGAGCAGGCCCCAGCCUCACACUUUCCCCACUAACUCAGCGUUCUCUCUCUCUCUCCACGUCCCGAAGCAGAGCGAUGGCAACAGGGGUGCCGUGUCUCCAUUUUUCACUUUUAGACCUCUUUAAUUGUCCCGCUGUGUAGAGUCAAGAUUUCCCGAGGUGCCUUUCCCCUUCCGAGGGAGGCCCGGAAGGUAGGACAGGUCAGUCCGCGUGUCCUGCUGCUUCGAGAGGCGAUGGGUCGCUGGCGCCUGCUGAGGCGGGUCUUGCGUGCGUCUUCUGCAGAACAGAGGCAAUGGACAGGAGGAGGAGGAACUUCCUGAGCCAUGAGGAAAUGGGGGCCAGGAGUGCUGGCUGGAAAGGGGAGGCCAUCCCUUGGAGUAAGGGAGUUUUGGGGUGGGUGGAUAUUUAGCGGAGGAUGAGGAAGGUGGUAGUUAACAGAUUGGAGCAGCUUUGCCAAGCUGGAGCCCUGAGAUGUUUCAGACUACAACUCCCAUCAGCCCCAACCGGGCCGGCCAGAGCAGAUGGGAGUUGUAGUCCAAAACACCAGGUUGGCAAAGGCCUGGUUAGAGCUUGAGGGUAAGGAGAGAGGAAGACUUCCGCUUUCUCCCUUUGCGAGUGGAGCUUACUAGCUUCAACCAGCAGCGUGGAGGAAGGGAGAAGUUAAGGGGAAACACCAGAACAGAAAGGCCAAGGCUGGCCAAGCCACUUCAGCAUUGGGGGGGCGGGUGGUCUUGGAGCCAGAAUGCCAAGAAGGGAGGCAAAUGUAGAUGAGGUGCUGUUCGCUUGGGCACCUGCAUUUUCAAGGGGGGUUGCAGGGGGGAACGAAUCAGGGCUCCCAUGAAGGGGUGGGGGUGGGACGAGCUGGGCAGCCCUUGGCUCCUUCCUCAGCUCUCCGGAUUGCCCUCUUGAGUUGGACAGAAUCAUAGUGGCGGCUGCUUGAAGCAUCAUCUGGCACACGGCCUGCAGCAGGCCCUCGCCCAGCCUGUUGCCCUGCACCAAAACCACCAGCCCCAGCCAGCACUACCCUUCCUAGCUAGGGAGGGUGGCUUUGGCCCUAAGUGCCAGGCGGGCGCCAGGCUGGGCGAAGGCUGGGCCAUGAAACCUCCGCACUGCCUGCCUCUCUUGAAGGUGAGUGAACUGCUUUGCCCCUGGCCCACGAUCGCUGUUGAUGCCCUCUUGUCCCUCCCACAAUCCCCUUGCAGGAAGAGCGGAUCCGGCGUGGGGAUGACCUACGACUCCAGAUGGCCAUUGAGGAGAGCAAAAAGGAGACGGUGCCUGCCAAGGAGGAGGUGAGGGUGGAGCGGGCAGGUGGCUCUGGAUGGGUACCUGGGGCAGGGAGGGGAGAGGAGAAUAGUAAGGGGGGCCAUUGUUGGAGGCAGAAUUGCCAGGUACACAGGCCUUGGUUUGAUCCUGCAAGGCAGCACUUUAAUGUCCAUCUGAAACUUUUAUUUUUAUUUUUUCCUGCCAAGGAGGUGCUCUGGGUAGUAACCAUGUGACAGUUGUCCAUUUUCUCCUCCAUGUACGUAGAUUUCCCUACCCCUUUUUGCUAGGCUGAGAGAGAGAGACUAGUCCAGGACCACCCAGGGACUGAGUGGAGAUUUGAACCUUGACCUCCCAGGGCCUAAUCUGGCACUCUAACCACUGACCUGCACUAUUUAUUCCUUUGAGAUGGAGAUAUACCCCACCUUUCCUUUCAAUGAGCUCAAAAUGGGGGUACAGUGUUUACUCACCCAUAGUAAUCUAUGAGGUAGACGAGGCUGAUACUCUAACCACGAUGCCAUUCUUGCUCUUGGGGUAUUAUAAAGCGGAGGGCGUGGCGGUAUUGGGGGGGUUGUCACUGUUUUCCAAAUGGGACAAUAGAGACAUGAUUAAUUCCCUGACCCGUUUCUCUGCCUGUCUCCCACAUUCCUUCCCCACCUGCCCCACAUGCAGUCAUCCCUCAUGGAUCUUGCGGAGGUCUUCACCGCCCCUCCCACUGCAGACCCCUGGGGCGGCCCUCCUGCUCCCGCUGACCCCUGGGGUGGCUCUGCCCCAGUUGUAUCCGCAGCUCCCACUGACCCAUGGGGACCAUCUGCUACCGGAGCAGCCCCUACAGGAGACCCGUGGGGGGCCUCUGCGGCACCUCCUGCAGCCCCCCCAGACCCAUGGGGAGGUGCCCCGGCUGCAAGCAGUGACCCAUGGAAACCUGAAGGUAAGAGCGAGAAGUGUCGGAACAGAUCAGGAUAUGAUAAACAUGAUUCAGCAUUUAAGCCUUUUGUUUAAAAUUAGGUUAACUGAAAGGGCUUAGGUGACCUUCCUCACUUGCUCAUUUCUCUCCUGCCCCCUACCAGGAAAAAAGAUACAUUUUAUGGGGCAUUUAUGGGUUUCUCUGUCCACCCCUUUCCUCUGUGUGGUGGAAGACAGGCAGGAUAUACAUUUAAAUGAUAGCUCUUGUGCUUCGGCUCUGCAGCAAUUUUCCUUUCAAGAUUCUCCCUUCCCUUCCUUUUUUUUACUAGUAGGCAAUUCAUCAUUUGACCCUGUUUGAUGGGUGGUGUUAUUUUAUUUGCCGUGGCUCCAUGGUGAGAACAUUUGCUUUGUGCUUAGAAGGCCCCGGGUUCCUUCCUUGGGCCACACCACCCCCACCCCAGCUAAAACUAUCAGUCAAUGGGAACACAACGCCCGCCUGCUGCCAGACAUCAUUGGCCUAGAAAGACCAGCAGUCCGAUUCGGUAUAAGGCAGCAGCUCCCUGUGUGUGUUCAAACCUCGCAAAGAUGCAGCGAUCUCUUGUCGCAGAGCUUUCUUACCAUCUCAGGCAGGACGCCCACUGGCCACUGAGAACUAAAUUACCGUUCUGUCUGCGUCAACCUGGGACUCCUAGGUGUAACACAAACGCAUAAACGUCCAUCCUGAUGCACAGCGGACAGGCUGUUUCCCCAGACGUUGAUAAAGUCUGAUGCGCUUGAUGUUUCCCCAGGUGGAGGUUCCUCUGGGACCACGGCAACGCCACCCACAGAUCCAUGGUCAUCUGGACCAGCUCCCACUUCCCAAGGGAAACCAGCGCCCGAUCCUUGGGCUCCGGCAUCCACGUUUUCUGAUCCCUGGGGUGGCUCCCCUUCCAAGCCCAGCACGAACGGCACAGCGGGUGAGGGACAGCGAGGGCUCCUGAGCCCCUCGGCCUGGUGGAGGGAGGCUUGGGUCAGGCCGGCUGGGAAGUGGGGCUCCUGGGUGCCUUACCCCACGAACGAGAUGCAGGGAACGGACCCCCAGCGCAGGAUGGUGUGAGUCUGCGGGGAACGGGUCCCUUCCGCCCUUGCUCCCCUGUUAACCCUGCUGGCCCACCCCCUUCCCCCUUCUGCCUUGUCCCUCCCCUCCAGCUGGCGGAGGCUUUGAGCAGUUUGGCAGCCCCGGGGAUGGGGACGAGUUCUCUGAUUUCGACAGCCUGCGCCCGGCACUGCCCAAAUCCGGGAGCAGCACAGGUGAGCCCUGCUCCCUGCAUGGCUCCGCCUUCUCACCUCUGCACCUCCACUUUGCCCUGCAUGUCCCCGUCUCUUGCCUGCCACUUUCCUUACUCUCGACCCCCGGGACUGGGUGGCAGCGUUUCCUGGCAUUGCCCUCUGCCCUCUCUUGGGUCAGCCAAACUCAGCUCAGAAGUGACACCCCACGGACCAGUUUUGUUCCUGCAUGUACUUUGAAGAGGGGUCUCUCUCUUUCUUUCUCCCCUUCUCACCCCCCACCCACCCUCUUUCCGGCUUCUUGUCUGACCCUUGCAUGAUUCAAAUUGGGAGCAUGUGCCUAUGACUGUUGCAGAAACUGAAGGGUGUAUCUCUGCUGGCCUUUGUCUUUUCCCUCCACGUUCCCUGUGCUCUUCUGCAUCUUCCAUUCCCUUCUCUCACCACUCUUUCCUGUCUGCCCCCACCAAUCUCUCUCUCUCCCUCUCUCUUUAGGUGAGCUGUCCCUCUUAGCCGGGGAGGUGCCCAUUUGCCGACCUGGCAGUGGCACUGACAGCCCCAACACUUUUGACAUGGCCUCCAUGGGCGGGUCGCUGCCCGAGAUCUCCAAGCCAACGCGGAAGACCCCAGAGUCAUUUCUGGGCCCCAACGCUGCCCUCGUCGACCUGGACUCCCUGGUCAGCAAGCCUUCUACUGCCUCUAGCAUUGCAAAGGCCUCCAACCCCUUCUUAGCCCCUGGUAAGUGCUCUGGGGCCAGGGCACUCUGGGGGUUCAAGCAGGGCAGAGAGAAGGAUAUCUCCUUAGUUCUGUUUGGCUGAGUCAUACAAGUCAGAACGGGGAGGGAAAGAACCACCUCUUCUUAUAUCUGCAUGACUCUCGUUGGGCAGGAAACUCUUGCCAGGACUCUCUUGUCUGGCCCCCUAUUUAUGGGGCUUGCUGUUUUGAAGCAGGAUUAAAAGCAAACCUCUUGAUGGGCUUAAAAAUCUCUUCCAGGGUAAACCAGGGAGAAAAAUGCAGAUGAAGUUGGUUUGUGCGGCUUAUUUUGUGUAAUGUCGCCAUACUGAGUCUAAUUGUUGCGAUGAGGCAUUAACCAAGGCAGAGACCCCACCUUACCCACCAGAAAUCUUCUGCCCAGCACCUUCAUGCAUAACAUCACAGCCAUGAGGCCUAGAAACUUGCUUCACAAACAUGCGUAAACCUCCUCCACUACUCCGUACCGCCCUGUCCUGCUCCCAGCCUGAGGUUUGAGCUUGGAGCGGGGAGGUUGGGAAGCACAACUUCUGGCUCCUUGGAGGCUCAUGCAGUAGAUUUGGAUGUAGGAGCCACAGGUCAUUUCAGUAUUACUGGCCUUGUUUAUAAGGCACAAAUGAGACAAGUCCUCUUUGCUUUAAGCCAGGCCUUCCUUGAGCUUGAGUUUGGUGGGUGAAAGCAGAGCAGGGUUGAUACGCAGUAACUUCCGGGAUGGGCUUGAGCAGCAAGAUUCAGGACAGAGAAAAGGACAUACUUCUCCGUGCUUCAGCGCAUAGUUAAACACUGUAACUUACUCCCACAGAAGGCAGUGAUGGCCGCCAACUGGGAUGGUUUUAAAAGAGGAUUAGAGAUAUUCAUGGAAGACAAGGCUAUCAAUGGCUGCUAGCCACAAUGGCUUCUGGGAAUCUCAAGCCACUGUGAGAACAGGAUGCUGGACUAGAUGGGCUACUGGCCUGAUCCUGCAGAGCUUGAUGAUGUUUUAUGGGGCCGCAGAGGAAACCAAGGCUCCUGAGAGUUGAGGGUGGGAGGCAUCGACCCAGGACUUCUGGGUUCCUUUUAACUUGUUUUUCUUCCUCCUUUCUCUCUCUCUCCUCUAUCAUCCGCUGCAGGUUCAGCCCCAGCCCCAGCCGCGUCUGCCUCAACUACAAACCCCUUCCAGGCGACGGCAGCUGCCCCGCUUUCGCUCAACCAGCUCCGCGUCAGUCCGGUCCUCCCUUUGUCUCAGCCGGCGCCCCCUGCCUUCCCCGCCGCAGCUCCUAUGGUCUCUGUCUCCCCCAUGGCCCCCGGGAUGCCCCUGGCCUCCGUUUCCCCCAUGGUAGGGGUGCAGCCUUUGGGCGCUGUCCCGACUAUGGGGCUCUCUGCCAUGGGCCUGCCCCCUCAGAGCCUGCCGCCCACUGGCGUCGUCCCCAGCAGCACCUCAGCCGCCUCCAUGGGCAGCACCAACCCCUUCUUGCUAUAA